GACAAAGUCUAACUACAGGAAACAUGUUUGACUCUCGUCUCCGCCACCUUCGAUCGGCGGUUACUCGCCUUUGGAAACAUGGAUAUAAUUCUUUACCCCGCUCUCUUGACUAUAUUGUGCAUUCCCUUGGUGUUUGCCGAAACAAAAAAUGACACUCAAGAGCAAUUGUCGGAGUUGUUGGACAGUCUACUGGAUAAAUACGAUAGCAAGAUCCGACCAGGAUUCGGAGGGGAACCAACAAAAAUCUUCACAAAUAUCCAGAUACGUAGCAUGGGUCCCAUAUCGGAGAAAAAAAUGGAUUAUUCGAUGCAGUGUUACUUCCGGCAAUCAUGGAUGGACACAAGACUACAGUUCUCAUUUCCAAACAUAACAGAGGUUACGCUGAGUCAACAAAUAUUAAAGAAGAUAUGGAGCCCAAACACAUAUUUCCUGAACGGCAAAAAGUCUCGACAACACAACAUAACUUUACCUAACUUCUUCAUUCGCAUUCGAGAUGACGGCCGAAUUUAUCUCUCAAGGCGUUUAACAAUAGAAGCGAGAUGUCCGAUGCAGUUGCAGAAAUAUCCAAUGGACGCACCUGCGUGUCCGCUAUUCAUCGGUAGCUAUGGAUUCACCGCCAACGACAUUGUUUACGAAUGGACAGGUACUACAGAUCAGAGUGUAAAAGUAUCAGACGGCUUGAAAAUGGCACAGUUCGAUUUGGUGGGAAUCCAGGCUAGAAAUGGGACGCACUCCACCCGCGAAGGCAAAGUGUCGGUGCUGGAAGUCUUCUUUCACUAUAAACGCCAUCUAGGAUAUUAUGUAUUAAAUAUCUAUCUGCCAUGUUAUUUGACGGUCGCGUUGUCCUGGGUGUCAUUUUGGAUAAACAGAGAUGCCACUCCAGCGAGGGUUCUUCUAGGUGUUACCACUGUUUUAAGUACGGCCACUAUCGGCAUCACUGUCAGAGUUGGCUUACCACAAGUAUCCUAUGCCACAGCGCUGGACAUAUUUUUUAUUAUGUGUUUCUUUUACGUGUUUGCCUCUUUGGUCCAGUAUAGUGGAGUACAUUUCUACACGAAACUACCGGCGAAGGACGCCAAGAAGGACGAAAAACUCGAAGAGGAAAACGCCAUGGUUGUGAAGAAUAAUGACCAAUAUGGGCGUGAGAAUGACAUGUUACUGUCGGACGGCCAGGGCCGGAUGACCAAUACGAUCGUGGAUGUGGAGAACCAAAAAUACCGUGACAGUUGCUGGACUUCUGUUUGGUACUGCUUAAGUGGAAACGUUGGCCACAGAAUAAGGAGAUUCCAGACGGAUCCCUUGGCUGGGAAUAGUGUCAGUGAGAUAGACAAACUGAGUAGGAUUCUGUUCCCGCUGUCAUUUGCUUUUUUAAAUGUUAUCUAUUGGAUUGUUUAUCUGCGAGAUUCGUAGCGAAAGUUUUUAAAUGUAACCAAACGCACGAGAGUUGAACAUUUGUUUGCUUUACGUGCUGUUUAAGACAAUGGAAACAUGUGAUGAUUAUGUACAAAAAACCGCCAACUUGAUGAACAUGCUGUAUGUCAUGGUAAAAUGCUACUCAUCAGUCUUCAGCCAAUACUUGCAUAGUGCAGGCAGAGUAAAUAGACUAAUUGACAUCGGUCGUUUUUGUCGAUGGAAUACUAUGAACGAUCGGUUGGAAACAGUGGGAAGAAAAAUAUGAUGUUGGUUAUUUUGUGGUGGAUCAAAGAUUACCACCUUUUACAAUAAUUUAAGAGAAUUCAUAAAAGAAACUGUCCUGCGAUGCAGCAGUUAUUUUCAGCUGAUCAUCCUUGUGAUAAAAACUUUGUAAUAGAAUCCAAGUUUCACGACGCCUAUAGUUAGAACUUCACCACUUUUAAUCUUCUGAAUUCCUCUGAACUCACAAGCAAUUUGAACACAAAUUGCAAAUCAGCUUUAUCCAUGUUCCCACACGUUUGAUCACUUUCAUGCUUUUUGGUCAUAAAUGAAGCUGAUUUCCAAAGCUGGUAAAAAUAAGUAAUUGUCAAUUAAAUUCUCGCCUACACAAGUCGCUUGAAAGCUAUGUAGAAACGCAUCAUUCUGUCCUGUUACGCUACAAGUGCUUAUCACCUACCUCUUACCUUUUACGGGCACAGCUACACAAAAGUAGUUGCCUAUUACAGAACGAAAGAACUAAUGAGUACACUUUUUGGACAUACUUGUUUUAGGCGGGCAAUGUACCUUGUUUGUAUAAAGUCUUCUCUAAUCGUACCCCAAUAUCGGAUUUCUUAACAGAAAAUAUUCGCACAGUGGAGAAUGAAUGGCUUACAUUUAUGCACUGUAUACAUAGAUUCUCGUACAUAAAAAAGCACUUGAGGCUGUGAGCACAAAUUUCCAAGAACUUUCCAAUGCACAUCUUAAUAUGUCACCUCUAUUUUUCAAUAAUAUAUAGCAAACCCUGAACAUUUAAAGUGGUGUCAAUAGCAGUAUGUACAAUGAAUGGGAAGCAUUUACGUAACUUGAAUAAAUGCUACACUCAUAUCAGUAUUUCUAAAGCAAAAAAGACAACUGCCUUCCAUAGAAGGUAUAUUUUGGCGCCCUAUGACGCUUUUGUUCAUUGAUCUGUUGAUUUUUCUUUUCAUUCAUGACUGUAUUAUAUAUAAACUCAUCUUUGAAAUCGGAAUUCAUGUGUGCGUGUCAUGAUGUAUGCUUGCCCUAUGCGCACAACACAUUUCAUUGAGCAGCCGCUCAAUAUUGCUCAUGACCUGCUGUGACCAUUUAGGAGUUUGUGUUUGAUUAAAACUGACUAUUGCAUCCCCUCACCGCUAAUUCAAAACUUUCUCAAUAAACUACACACCAUUUUGCCCGGAAGCAAUUUUACCAAGUUCUUGCAGUUGUCAAAGUGUGUUUCUGUCAAAUUUCAUUUAUUUUGGUUGCUACUGUUUUGUGAUGUCAGUCAGUAUAUCCAUGACGAUAUACAGAGAGCUUAAAGA